AUGUCAUCAACCAAGAACAUGAGUAAGGAGGAACAAAGGCGACUGAGCGCGCUCUUUCACGCCUACGACGUGGAUAACUCUGGACGGAUUGAGAAAAAUGAAUUCUCUAUAAUCUGCCAGGAGCUGAACGUCUCCUCCCUAGAAGCAGAACGAAUAUUCAACCGGCUGGACGUUGACAAAGACGGCACAGUGACUCUGGAGGAGUUUAUCAGUGGCUUCAGGAGCCAGUGUGAGGAAGAAAAAGAUGGAUCUGCAGAGAACGAGUACUACUCGAAUGAGAAAGGCUAUUCAAAGAUGAAGGAAGACAUUAUAUGCAGCCAACCGCAGCCGCAGAUCCAGGGCAUGAGCGCCCAGGAGCAGGACCGGCUGCGCGCGCUCUUCCACGCCUACGACGUGGACGGCUCGGGGCGCAUCGAGAGGACCGAGUUUCUCACCAUCUGCGCCGAGCUGCAGGUGUCGGAGGUCGAGGCGGAGCGGAUCUUCGACCGGCUGGACGCGGACCAGGACGGCACCGUCACCCUGCAGGAGUUCAUCAGCGGCUUCCACGAGCGCUACGGGGAGGAGGUCAUGGAGUCGGGCGGAGGAGACGUGUCCGCCGCCUGGGAGAAGUUCGAGCGGAGGCUGGGCGAGCAGGCCAAGUACAUCCCCAGAAAUGAACAGGCUUCAACUUUGUACCAGAACAUCAGUCUGACGGAGCCCCGGCUGAUCCCACAGUUUGAGAAGGUCAUCCUGAACUUCACCAAAGAGAUCAAACAGCAGAACUCAGAAAUGGAAAACCUGGCGCUUGCCAUCAAACGAGCACAGGACCAAGCAUCGAUGCAGCUCAGUGAGAUGGAGGAGGAGAUGGAUCAGCGCAUUCACGCUGCGGAGAGAAAAACGCGGGAGCAGGAGAAGAGACGAACAGAGGCGGCCCUGAGUGAGUUAAGAAGACAUUAUGAAACCGAAGUGUGUGAGCUGCAGUGUAAGAUCCAGAAGAUGCAGAUGAUCGAAGAGAAGUACAAAACCAUCACAGUGAAGGACGAGAGUCCAGCUCUCAAGAAGAAGAUCAAUGAGCUGACGCUGGAAAACCAGCGGCUGAAGCAGGAGGUGCUGAGGUCUCAGACUAAAGUGGCCUGCCUGCAGAGUGAGAUGGACACACUGAAGACAGAGCUGACCGAUCAAAGCAUCAACUCUGAACGAGAUGAAGAGCUCAUGAAGGCGUUUGCUGAUGAACGAGACAUCCUGGAGAGUCAGAUCGAGAUUCUGCAAACAGCCAACAGGAAGCUUCAUGAUACCAACGACAGUCUGCGGACCACCCUGGAAAGGGUUUCAAAGUCUGGGAGCAACGGCUCACCAGGAGAAAUUAAGGCAAGAAACAGAAGUAAAAGCAUUUGCUACUCAUCGCCUUAUGCAUUAAUGGACAGAUUCGGCCCUCGUACAGAAGAAUUCCCAGUGUAUGCCCGGCGGCCCAGCUGCGACACCCUGGCCUUGGCCAUGUGUGACCCGGGCUUGAAGCGGAGGGGGAGCAGUGAGUGCGAGGAGGACAGUCUGCCCGAGAUCUACGUGGACAGCGGCCUGUCGACACUGAGGGGCUCACACGGAGGCUUCGACUCAGACCACGACGUCAAAGGUCAAGAGGAGCAGGACGACACGGAGGGAGAGGAAGCAGAGGAGGAGACAAAGGAGGAAGAAAAAGUGGUUCAUGACAAAAAUCACAGCAUAAUGGAAGAAAACUUUGCUAGAAAGAUGGCAGAGACGCAGGACGCGGAGUCAGCCAUUGGGUCGGACAGCAGCUCGGUUCUGGACUUUAAGCCCAACGAAACGGCAAAUGUUGCUGCUCCUCCUGCUGCCACCACGCGGAAGGCUGUCAGCGCCAUCAGCGUUCAGAAUGACAAAGACAGGGAGGACCUGGGCUACAUGACGUCGGAGAAGGCCUACAGAAUCGUGUUAGCCGGAGACGCUGCCGUGGGCAAAUCCAGCUUCCUGCUGCGCCUGUGCAAGAAUGAAUUCACAAUGAACUCCAACACUACUCUGGGAGUGGAUUUUCACAUGAAGACGCUGGUCGUGGAUGGAGAGCCCGUCUUGUUACAGCUGUGGGACACUGCAGGACAGGAGAGAUUUCGCAGUAUAGCAAAGUCUUAUUUCCGCCGGGCGGACGGCGUGCUGCUGCUGUACGACGUCACCUGUGAGAGGAGCUUCCUUAAUGUCAGAGAAUGGGUGGACAUGAUAGAGGACGUCUCCCAUGAGGAUGUUCCCAUCAUGCUGGUGGGUAAUAAGUGUGACCUCCGACAGGAAGCAGCAAACUGUGUUCCGACCAGUUAUGGAGAAAAACUAGCCAUGACAUACAACACUCUGUUCUGUGAAACCAGCGCCAAAGAUGGUUCCAACAUCCUGGAAGCUGUGCUGCACCUGGCCAGGCAGGUCACCAAGCAGACGACGUUUGAGGAGAAGAGGCUUUAUCAGUCGCUGACCAGUCUGAGCGCUCCCCGAAAAAAGCCAAACUUCUCCUGCUGCACCUGAACAAUCGUCAGAGCUGAACCUCCACAUCUGACUCAGUACGAACUCAAGUAAAAGAAACGACGCAACAGCAAAGUGAACAUCAAAACCGCUCUAAAUGUGGAAUACAUAACCUAACAAGAGACAUGAGGUUCAUACAGAGAUCCCCAUCUUCUGAAUGUUUUUCACACACGAUGGUUUAUUCUGCCCGCUCCGCCACUAAACCGGAGAAGAUACAAGAGCCUGUUUUUGUGCUCAUACACAACUUUUGCAAAUGUUCUCCGAAUAUUUUUGAAGUAAGCAAAUUAUAAAUAGAGGAGGUUUACGAAAGUGUUGUGAAAAGUGAUGGAAGAGUCUCAAAUGAAGUUGAGUGGCUGGAGAGGGUCGUAAGUGGUUUUUGAAUGUGAUGGUAACAAAUAAUUGCACAUGAAUCGAUGGAAGAAAUUCAGCGUAGAAGGUGCAGAAGAUGUCAGAAUCUACAAAAGAGCGAGUGUCCGCUCAGGUGUCUUAUCUGCAGCUCAUUGGCAGUCUGAAAAGAAACUAAAUGCGAGUCAGAAGGUGACGUUUGUCAGCAUAGAGGCACUGAAAAAGCUUACUACAGCAAUACAUAUUCUGCCGUUUUUGUUGAUCUUUAUGAUACCGCAGCAGUGUUACAUUUCUUUUUGUCACUUGCCAGAGGAUGGCUUUGUAUGAUGUAUUACUCUUUAUGACUGUAUGCAAUGCACAGACUGCACACUCUCUGCAUCCUUGGAAGGCUAAUUCAGUCUAAUGUAUGGAAUGAAAUACAGCUGAAUACAGGUAAGGACUCAGAGCGGCAACAGGAAGUGAACAGGCGUGUCUUUGUAUCCUCAGAUAAUGUUAGAAUCUAUUAUCUGUUCAGCUGCUUGCUUUUUUUGUAGUUAUUUCUCAUUUCAAUGUGUGCAUAUGGUCUACACCAGGAGUGUCAAACUCAGCUUACUUCAGGGGCAAAAUAAAGCUCCAGAGCAGAAAAUUGAGAGAAAGACAAACCAAAAAUUCACACAGUUUUCAUUGGUUUGAAAGCAGAAAAGGGAUUUACAAUAUGAACGUUAACAUUUAAAACUACUUUUUGACAUAAUCAUCAAAGAACAACCUGUGAUUUCUGAAGAGAAAAGACUCUUCAGACUAAAAAAGUCUGUCAACUCAGAGAAUGCAGCCUUCAGCAUAAUAUUAAAAACUCAUCCUCAUCAUAUGGUUUUGAUGACAAUGUUGAUUUUCUGGUGCUUAAUACUUAGUGCUAAGUACUAGUUACUUAGUGCUUUAUUUCUGAUCUGAGCCUGUUGUUAACAGUUUCAUUUCAGUUCUGGGUUUCUCACACCUUUCAUCCUCUGUUGUUGUUGUUAAAACAUGGCGACCCCCAGUGGACAAAAUCGGAACAUCAGUUACUUCAUUGAAAAUUUGCAUUGAAUGCAAUUGAACUGAACCCUCUUGCAUGUCUGUCUGUUUGUUUGACACCCCUGGUUUACACAUGUAAUUAGCAUGUGUAUGAGCCCAAAUGAAAGAAACAGUUUGAAUGAAUUAACUACGAUUCUCGUUUUUCACCAUAAUCUAACAACCACAUGAACUCUACACUGAGAAAGUAAAAAUCUUUAUCAUCUUGUGAGCAGUACCACUCAUGCCUUCGUUGUUACCUCUUUUUGUGCGAUCACAUCUCAUUUUCUGGAAGUAUUAAUCAUAAACUGCCUUGAAUAAUCAUUCUUCAGAUACUAUGUAGCAAAUUAAUCUGAAGCCUUCUGAAAGCUUCAGAUGACCUCAGUUGUUUUGUAAUGUCUUUUCUUACUCUCAGCACUGGCUUUCAAUCUUAAUAUUAAGGCUUGAAAAAAAAGUUUGACCCCCAGGUGUCGACUGCAAAUGUGCACGUGGCUGAGAAAGUGUCGCAUGGCUGUUUAUUUUCACACACACCAAGCUCUUUUUAUUUCUGCACGAAAAUCAUGUUGUGAUUCCUGCGAAGUUUUAUCUGUCUGUGUUUGAAGUCUCAAUAAAGAUGUACUGUGAAUGCUAAAAAAUUUCAAAAGAUCUAUUCAGGAACUUUGAGGUUAAAAUUUAAGAAGUGUGUGAAUUUAAAUUAAAGGAGAGAUUUUUUUUAAAACCACAUAUUAAUUAAAGAGAAAUAAUCUUCUGAUAUAUUAUAAAGAACAUCCAACAGCGUAAAUCUCCAGAUUCCCUCAUAUUAUCCAAAUGCAUUUAAGGUAUUAUGUUGUUAUAAUUCAAAGUGAUGAGGUUAUAAAGAGUUCAGUUUCUCAUUAUGUUGGAAAAUUUGAACAACUUUGCCUUUUGUAUGUCAUCUACAUUUCUG